UUGACGUUUUCACAAAUCGUGUUUGUUUACAAUUUAGGAGAAAACCAAGAACGAGGAAAACUCGCUGAAUUUCCGAGAAAAUUAGUCUUAGAGGAUGGCUGGAGCACCAGCUGAAGAAAACAUUGACCAAGCAGAGUUUGAUGAGGAUGAAUUUCUUGGUGAUACCCCAACUGAAGCCACCCAGUCAGGGAGGAAGCGACUAUUUAGCAAGGAACUUCGAUGCAUGAUGUAUGGUUUUGGAGAUGAUCAGAAUCCCUACACGGAGAGCGUUGAUAUGCUGGAGGAUUUAGUAAUUGAAUUCAUAACAGAAACUACACACAGAGCUAUGGAAAUUGGUCGAACGGGACGUGUCCAGGUGGAGGAUAUUGUCUUCCUUGUGCGCAAAGAUCCCCGGAAGUAUGCUCGUGUGAAGGAUCUCCUAACCAUGAAUGAGGAACUGAAGAGAGCACGGAAAGCCUUUGAUGAAAUUAAGUAUGUUGGCACGGAAGGGAAGCCCAAAUAGAUUUUAAUUUCUUUUUAAAAA